AUGGCGUCGACUUUCGGCACCUUCGAACUGCUUGCCGCCGCGGCACUCGCUAUCCCUGCCAUCUACCUGGGCUACUCGGCUAUAUUCUCACCGGCCAACCCUACUCCGAAAGAGGACGAACAGAAAGAGGAGAAAGAGGAGAAGACGAUCAUGCAGGCCGAACGUACAGAUCUCGCACCGCCGAAAGAUGAUCCCUGGACGCAGGAGCAGUUGAAGGAGUUUAACGGUUCGGACCCUAACAAGCCGAUAUAUGUGGCCAUCAAGGGUACGGUAUUCGACGUGUCUCCCAAGCGAGAAACAUACGGCCCUGGAGCGUCAUACAACCUCUUCGCCGGGCGAGACGCAUCGCGAGCAUUGGGAAAGUCGAGUUUGAAGGAGGAGGAUGCGUCGCCAGACUACAGUGACCUGCCUGAGAGCGAGCGGAAGGUCCUUGACGACUGGCAUUCAUUCUUCAUGAAACGUUACAAUGUCGUCGGUCGCGUCGCUGACUUGCCUGCCGCUGUCGCAAACCUGUAA